AGUGGGUGGUCCCGCUGGGCCCAGAAGAAAGGGCCUCAUCGGGGUUUCCACUCACCGGUCUUUUUCUGGCCUUCUUCUCUCCGAGAUCCGACAAGAAGAACAAGGUCGAUGCGUCAGUAGGCCCUCGCGUGGAUGAGCCAGAAUUGGUGACCUUCCAUCCCUUCCACCCUCGCUCGACAGCGUGGCAGACAUCCAUCACUGACUUGAGGUGGCUUCCCUCCCUCCCUCCCUACCUAUGGCGCGGUAGCCGCGACUGUAGCCUUCUCUUUCCUAUAUCUUUGCGCUCUUUCCUCCUUCACUCUCGUUGCCUUUGCCCCGGGGCUCCUUCCUUGCCUCAUUUUCUAUUCGAGUCACGAGGUCACGAGUCACGCCUCGCCUGUUUCCAGGUACUCAUUCCGGAAGCUGCUGCCACGGAUUAACGAGACCCGGCGUCCACAGCCGCCUCGGGCAUAAUUGAUUGUCCCUGUCGUCCUCGUGCUUCUCGCCAGAGCCACCACCCGCCGCAUACUUCCUAAACACGGACAAUCGCCUCACAUCUUUAGCCACUCAUUCCUCGACUGCGUUGCCGGACAUGACGGGCCCCAAGAUGCCUGCCCACACCAGCGCAACCCUCCAUAUCUGGAGGCGCCUGCGCGACCUCAAGGCCAAGAGCAUUCCCAUUGUCCUUGACGGAAACAGCCUCGACAUUGCUGCCAUCGUCGCCGUCGCCCGCCACGAUGUCAAGCCGACUCUAAGCACCGACCCGGACCUUGCCAAACAGCUCGACCUCAGCGUCGACGCCUUGGCCGAGUACCUGUCCCACAAAUGGGUGGUAUACGGCGUCAACACGGGCUUUGGCGGCAGCGCAGACACGCGGACCAACGAUCUAAUCGACUUGCAAAUUCACCUCUUGCAGCACACUCAGAGUGCAAUCAUCACUGCUACCGACAAAAAUCCCGCCGCCAACUCGGAGCGUGAGCCAUCGCGGACCAUGCCGCCCGCCUGGAUCCGUGCUGCCAUCAUCGCCCGCGCCAACCAGAACCUGAGGGGCCACAGUGCUGUCCGCAUGGAGGUGCUCCGGAGCCUGCUCGACCUCCUGCAUCACGACAUCACCCCACUCGUGCCGUUGAGGGGCACCAUUUCCGCAUCGGGAGAUUUGAUGCCCAUGUCGUACAUUGCAGGAGCCGUGACCGGCAACCCGGACAUCUUUGUGCAAGUUGGUCGGGGUAACAAUGCCCGUGUCAUCCCCUCCUCUGAGGCAUUGCGUGAGAGCGGGCUCUCGCCUUCUGGCCUCGGGCCCAAGGAGGCUCUGGGCUUGAUCAAUGGCACCGCCCCGUCGGUGGCGGUGGCUAGUCUCGUCCUGUAUGACGCCCAACAGCUCGCCCUGUUGGCUCAGAUGCUCACUGCCUUUGCUGCGGAGAGCUUGGGCGGCAAUGUUGAGUGGGCUCAGCCCUUCGUCCACGCCAUCCGGCCUCACUCUGGACAAAUUGAAGCAGCGACGAAUAUCCGGCGCUUUCUGAAGGGGUCCGAAUUCGUGGUUGGGCUGGAGUCGAGAAAGAGGACUGGCGACGGGCUCUGGCAGGAUCGCUACUCCACGCGGACGGCACCACAAUGGAUCGGUCCGUAUCUGGAGGACCUGCUUCUCGCCCAAAAGCAGUUGGAGGUCGAGCUCAACUCCACCUCCGAUAACCCCUUGGUAGACGCCGUUGAACAAGAUGGCGUCGCGUCUGGGGAGGUCUACUCCGGAGGCAACUUCCAGGCCGUCGUCGUCACAUCCGCCAUGGACAAGACCCGCCUUGCCCUUCAGAUGAUCGGACGUAUGCUCUGGUCGCAGGUCACCGAGGUCAUCAACCCGUCGACGAACAACGGUCUUGAGGCAAACCUCAACGCAAGCGCACACGAAAAUUUCACCAUGAAGGGCAUCGACGUAAAUAUGUCGGCCUACAUGUCCGAGCUGGCUGCCCUUGCCCACCCCGUUUCCGCCCACGUCAUGUCCGCCGAGAUGCACAAUCAGGGCAUCAACUCGCUAGCCCUCAUAUCGGCGCGGCGCACGAUGGAGGCGGCGGACCUGGUGGCGCACAUGAGCGCCUGCCACAUCUACGUUUCGUGUCAGGCUGUGGAUAUGCGGGCGAAUCACGUUCGAUUUUUGACUUUGCUGCGCGAGGGUGUGCUGCCUGACGACACUACGAAUGGCGCGCUCUAUGGUCUGGGGCUGCAGAAAGCGCAAAUUGAAAAGCUCGCAACGUCACUGUUGCCAGUCAUCCAGUCCACAUGGUACAACUGGAACUCCAACACGUGGAAAGACCGCAUCCCCUUCGUGGUGGAGGCUGUCGUGGGUCCCGUCACCGAUUUCCUGGCGGCAAAUGAAGUGGAGUGUUCGAUUUCAGCACUGGCAGCGUGGAGAAGACACUUUGAACGUACCAUUUCUACUUCGGCUGCGACCAUAUUCUAUCCCAGCUCAACAGUCCCGACCGCAGAAGUGGCGGCACAACUCGGCGAGGGAACUGCACGACUAUACAAUUGGGUUCGCACAACGCUCAAAGUACCUCUGCAUUGCGGAAUCGACGAUGACCCGCUAUACAAUGCUCGAAAAGGCUUGCCAACAGAAGAUAAGAAGACCAUUGGGAGCUGGGUCACGAUGGUGUAUGAGAGUUUGCUUAGAGGAGGGAUGAUGGACAUGGUUCUAGAAGGCCUCGAAGGUCUGCGAGGUUACGCAAACGGCCACGAAAAUGGCCACGAAAACGGCAUUGCGAAUGGCAUCGCAACUGAGAUUAAGAUUGACGCCAGAAACGGAAAUGCGAAUGGUGUCGCCAACGGGGUCAUGGAUAGCAUAGAAGACCUGGAAACCCCGUACGAGAAGGCAGACGAGUCUUGAGUGGCAUACAAAGUACCUGUAGAGAGGCAUUGACGCAAAGCUUGCAUUCCAGGGCCAGAAGCGAAGGUUGCCUGGAUAGAAACCCUCUCCCCUAUCAGACACAUACGUAUUGAAUUAUAAGAUUGAUG